UGGCUGUCCAGUGGUACACCUGUGGGUGCAGUGUUCUCCAGUGUAAAAAGGACUUAAGUGCAUACAACCUUCUGUUGCUACGAGCUGACAUUGGUUGAGACCAUAUGAUUGGACGGUGACGUCACGGGCGCUAUAUCAUUGGGAAGAUGAAGCCUCGGGGACUAAGCGUCAUGCACGCCUUCUCUGCUCUUACCAUGCUCACGAUGGCAAACGCUCAAACGACGUGCAACCAGGGAAUGGGCCGCGUUAUGUACGAGAGACUCCCGAACCAACAGUUACAUGGAUUUGAUGACGAUGUGAUUCGUGAAACUGCACCCCCUUUUCGAGUCUUGGAGAAGUGUCAAGACUUAUGCCUCCGCGACAGAUCUGGUAAUGGUCUGGUCAGAACUUGCAACUCCAUCGACUUCCAGCCUGGCGCUAGAAUAGCUGCGUUUAGUCCUGAACCUGAGUACGAGGAGUCCACAUGCUACUUGACCCGGGAACAAGCGGCACCAGAAGGAAUUGGAACGCUCAUGAUAGUGCCGAAUAGUGUUCAUUUCAAUGAAAUUUGUCUUACUUCAAAUCGCCCAGAACGAGAAUGUCCAUCUAGAAGAUAUGUCUUCGAACGUCAUUCCCGAAAACGUUUGAAGUUACCACCGUCAGAUUUGAAAGACAUAAUGGUAGCUAAUCGUACGGAGUGCGAAGACAAGUGCUUGGGGGAGUUCAGCUUUGUAUGCAGAUCAGCAACAUACGACUCUGCAUUGAGGACCUGUUCGUUGAGUAGAUUUACUAGAAGAACGCAUCCAGAAUUAUUGGAAGACGACCACAAUGCUGAUUAUUUAGAAAAUACUUGUUUGAAUGCGGAAAGAAGAUGCGACGGGUUGGCUGUGUUUAUUAAAGAAGAAAAUAAACGGCUUGGAGGACCAUUUGAAGCAGAUGUCUUUUCCAACAUGACUCUAGAAGAAUGCCAGUCUAUGUGUGUUCGUGCUGAAAAGUAUUUCUGUCGAUCCAUCGAGCAUGAUGAAAUGACACGCCAGUGCGUCUUGUCUGAAGAGGACUCUGUUUCGCAGAAGGAUGACAUUACAGUGAGUGCCUCUCCCACGCACCACUUCUACGAUCUUGUCUGUCUUGAUAAUCUUUCUCAUCGGGUGACAGCUAGAGGGACUGAGUAUCCGGACAAUAGCGCCACGUCGCACCUCUUCUCGCCCGGACGUCGGCCAGACACCGCCUUCCAGAGGUACAGGAACAGCAGGAUAACCGGGGAGUUCCACUCCGAGAUAACUGGACGUUCCCUCAGCGAAUGUCUGGACGAGUGCCUGAGGCAGACUAGUUUUCAAUGCAGGUCUGCAGUCUACAGCGACCGUGCAAGAACCUGUCGUCUCAGCAGGUACAAUCAGAAGGAUGGAAUGAGACUGCUUUACGACCCCGAUUUCGAUUACUACGAAAAUCUAAUGCAUCAGCUAGUUAGUGGUGAAGGCGACGCUGGAAACUCUGGGGGAUCGCAAUCUUGGGGAAAACCAUCUCAUUCAGGUGGAAGCAGCAAUGGAAACCGCGAUCGUGACCGCGAUAAGUAUCCUCCAGGCGUAGACCGCGAUAGAUACCCAGACGACGACAGAUAUGACGACGAUCGGUAUUACGAUAGACCGGAUGAUCGGUAUCCCGACUCAGAUGACCGGUAUCCCUCAGACAGAUAUCCGGAUGAUAGAUAUCCUCCCGGUGUUGGACCUGAACGUAUUCCUGACCGAUAUCCAUCUGGAGUUGGUCCUGACCGUAUUCCUGAUAGAUAUCCUCCUGGAAUAGGACCGGAACGCAUCCCUGAUGGAUAUCCUGCUGGAAUAGGACCGGAACGCAUUCCUGAUAGAUAUCCCGUAGACCGUUAUCCUCCUAUAGAUCGGUAUCCUCCAAUGGAUCGUUAUCCUAGCAUAGACCGCUAUCCAAUCAAUAGAUAUCCUAUUGCAGAUAGAUACCCCGAUAGCGGACGUUAUCCAAACUACGAGUCAAAUGAUAUUGGAAGAUACCCAGCUGAUCGAAUUCCUGUCAGCCGAUACCCAAUUGAUGUAUAUCCAGAAAGGUUCCCAUCCAGUCGAUAUCCUCCUGACAGAUACCCAUCCCGUAGAUACCCACGUCCGUAUUAUCCAAAUCGCUAUCCUGAUAGAUACGAUCAGGACCGCUAUCCAGUGACUAAUGAUUGGGGCCGGUAUCCUUAUAGCAGAUAUCCAGUUGGUGUUAACAGGGAUCCAGCACCCUUAGGAGGUGAUAGAUACCCGGAACUUUAUGACAAAUAUCCUCCAAACGGAUCGUCAUAUCCGGGGUAUGGACGAGGUGGUUAUUAUGGCCCUGAUUAUCCCCCUGCAGAUCGGUAUCCAGUCAGCGAUCGGUAUCCAGACCGCGUCAGACCAGUUCCUGAAAGAUUCCCAGUGGAACCGCGUCCAACUUACGGUUCAAGACGGCCUGCCGAUAGACCUGGCGGAUACAGAGGGAAUUAUGGAGCAUCUGGAUUAGAUAGACCUAUAGGUGGUGGAGGUUAUGGUGGCUACGAACCUGAUGGUCCCAUCCCCCCAGUAGGGGGACAAAUUGUCCCUGUUCUGCCGGUCGGUGGAGGUCACAUAGGUGGCCCCGUUGCUGGUCCUAUAGCACCAAUUGGAGGAAUUGGCCGACCUCCAAUAGGACAACGACCUUGGCAAGGAUCUAGAUGCGAAGACGAUAGCUUCCGUCAAGUUGGCAGACAGCGAAUGCAACGGAGAUUUGUGAGACGUUUUACGACAGCACAAUCCUUGGCGCACUGCCAGAGAGAAUGUAUAGAAGCCCGCGAUUUUAUAUGCCGGUCAUUCAACUACAGAGAUGUGGGCUACGGAGUGGAGCCGAGAGAUAACUGUGAGCUAAGUGAUAGAGACACGCGAGAGUUGGAUGCGGCAAAUCCAGCUCAUUUUGAUAACACUGCUAAAGAAUAUGACUUUUAUGAAAGAGCGUUGGGGCGUAUCGCAGAUGAUUGUCUAGAUGUGUCACAAGUUUGUAAUGAAGAUGGAAUGGAGUUUACGCUGCGACUUCCCGAAGGUUUCUUCGGCAGAAUGUAUACCUACGGAUUCUACGACCGAUGCUUCUUCCGAGGAAAUGGUGGAACCCAAAACGUUUUACGUAUAACAGGAGCACACGGGUAUCCGGAAUGUGGCACCCAGCGGUACGGUGAUACGAUGACAAAUAUUGUAGUAGUUCAAUUUAGUGACAACGUUCAAACUUCAAGAGAUAAGAGGUUCAACUUGACUUGCCUGUUCCGAGGUCCAGCUGAAGCAGUAGUCACUUCUAACUACAUCGGUGCAGGUUUUUCGCAUGACAUUGACAGAUCUGGCAGCCCGAUUCCCAUAGAGUAUUUACCAGAAGAGAGCUCAUUAAACUCGAAGGUACGACUGUUGAUACUGUACCAGGGACGACCGACUACUACCAUCGCUGUUGGUGAUCCAUUGACGUUCAGACUGGAAGCUCAAGACGGAUAUAAUUACGCUACGGAUAUUUUCGCAACAAAUGUGAUAGCCAGAGAUCCAUACUCUGGCCGAUCUGUGCAACUGAUCGAUAGAGUUGGGUGCCCUGUGGAUCCUGAUGUGUUCCCAGAAUUAGACAAAGGACGUAACGGAGACUCACUUGAAGCAAGGUUCAAUGCAUUCAAGAUUCCGGAGUCCAACUUCUUGGUAUUUGAAGCCACAGUGAGAACUUGUAGAGAGGGUUGCCAGCCGGCGUAUUGCCCAAGUCAAUCAGGACGGCAGGAACCUUCGUUUGGACGUCGCCGGCGAGACACCAACUCUACCGAAACCAUUGGCACAAAUAGAACAGAGAUUAAGCCAGCCGAGACACCAGCCAACAAGUCUGAAGAUAACGAAUCGAUAUACAAAAUAUCGUAUGAAGAAGCGAAAGUUGACAAGUAUCUGAAAGAUGAAGUGGAGACGCCAAGCCACGUGCGAAAAAUGAUCGAGGUGUUUGACAAUCGCAACGAGUUGAUAGAAGAGAACGGACCUGCAGACUCAUCACCUGUCGUCGCUUCUGUGGGUGUCUGCGUCUCGCCCUACCACUACAGAGCCCUGUUGGUGGCUCUCUGCGUUCUACUGUCUCUGUUGCUGGCGAUGCUCACUGCGGCUUUGUAUAUUUACAAACGGUAUUGGCGUGUUCUUCGCAAGAACAUUGAAGCGUCGAGUUCACCGGCGAUGCGUCCGGCUGCCCCGGGCCCCAGGCCGACGCGUCCCUCGCUCUUUGCUGCCUCACAUCUUCAUAAGCCGUACUCGCUUAGUGGCUUAGGAAGAAACUUUUCCGAAGUUGGCGAUGAAGCUGGUUCUUCAGGACGCCUUGCAAAUGCUUUCGAUGAUGGUAGCGAACCAAUAUACACUGACCCCUCCCUGUUCGAACGUUCCAGAUCUCUACGAUCCUUGCAUUCAAUGGAUUUGAAACCGGACAGACGCGAUCACCACGCUUAGUCUUAUUAAUAAAGCGAUUUAUUUCUUCAUAGUAUUUAUUAUUAAAACAUAAACUGCCGUAAGCUCAGUCUCUGUAAACACGUUAACAAAAUAACAGAUAACUUUUAUAUUGAAAAUGUAAGUCAUAACUAAUAAAUAUUUUAAUGAGUGUG